AUGCCUGAGCCAGACAAGCACGCUGCUGCGCAGCAAGCCGUGGAUAUCCUCCACGAGAUCUCCACCAUUCUCAACUGCCAUCUUGAUCGUCGCACCUUGUCUAUCUGCAUCUCCAUGAUUGAGCGCGGUGUGAACCCGGAGGCUCUGGCGGUAUGUUUAAAUGUC